GGGCUUUGUCAACGCUUCUCGUAACUCGAGGAAGCUCAAUAUCGCCUCGCAUGGCCGUGCUGCAACCUCUCCGCUCUCCUGCCCUGAGCGCCCUCACCAAGCACCCUGCACCUGCAGGGCUGCAGGCCUUGAGCACGGCGUCGUCGACGAGGCACCAUGGACUGUCCAUCCCCUCUCCAUGUCACAAAGGAGCAGUCUGCAUGUCUCCCGGCUGCCGGCAUGCGGUCGCCCAUCCGCAAUCCGCUCCCCCAGCCGCCAGACCAGGCGUUCUGGUUCUCGUUCUCGAACAAAAGCACCUCGGGCCUCGAGCAUCGGCAUCUGCAUCGGCGUCUGAACUGACAGUCACACCAGCGCGUGUUUCCCUCAGCAAUUGGCCCACACACCGGAUCCCCUACCAGUCCGGCCCGUUACCAGCAGCAGGGCGUUUUGCCCAGCCCAAUCAGGCAUUCUUACCCCAGACUUCCCUGCGGGCCGGGGUGCUGUCAGAGGCUGCAAGCUGGUGUGGCGUCUGCGACGUCGCCAAAGCGAGCGUGAGGGCGACCAGGCCACGGUCUGUCAGCGAAUCCUCGACCUCGAGAAAACUCUUGCCUGCUCCUGGCUGCAGACGACAUGAUUUUCGAGUUCCGUGACGCUGCCCCGUGCAAUCUACGGCGUCUCAAGAAUGAGAGAGGGCGCCAUGGACGAGAGCUGAAUGCUGCGUUACGCCUCCGAUCCUGGCUCUGGUGGUGGAAGCAUGUAGGAUCAGAUAAAG